GUUCCUGUGGGUCGCACUUAGACACCUUGAGAUGAUCCACGUGGGGGAGCCUCUGGUAAAGGAUGUUAGAGAUAUGGAUGGAGAGCUUGGUGUGCGCCACUUGGAUCAAUAGAGCUGAGUUAGGCCUCCAGUUCGCAUUGUGAUGGAGUCAGAAAUGACUUCUGAGCCCUCCUGAGAGCGUGGCAUUUACCUCUCUCAUCUUGACCUCCUACUCUGAUUCCCUCAGUAACUUUGAACGACUUAAAGGCCAGAGCGCUUGUCUUUAAAGAUAUUAGGGGCAGUGGACUUAAUUGUUUUCUUACGAGAAAGUAGCUACUAAAGGAGCAGAAGGCAGGAAGAAGGGAAACUAGUUUUAGGAGUGACCCCAGAAAAGUUGUUUUUCAAAAGUUCAUCCCAAAAGACCUGUGCUCGACACAAAAUAUUAAAAAAACAAAACAAAACACAACUUUAUUAAGGGGUGGGGGAAGGAAAGAAGAAGCCUGAGUACCAAUGACUUACAUCCUGUUUUAGGAGUUCAACUUUUCAUUACCAGGAAGAAAUCACUUAUUUUUAAACUGGGGACUUUCUCUAUAGAAAAACAUUGUCAUGAAAGAAACUAUGGAUGGUGAAUGUGGCAAGGCAGUGGCACCACAACUGGGGCUUCUGGACAAAAUAAAAGAAGAGCCUGACAAUGCUCAACCCAACAGCUGACCCCAGCAUUUCACUUUUCUGCUGCAUCAUGCACCCCAAAUAUAUUGGUUCCUUCAGUUCCAGCUGUAGCCCAUCUGUUUUUUUGUUCUUAUUGUAAAAAAAUUCUUCAUAAUGGACAAACUGCAUAUCAUAAGACAGGAUCUACUCAGCUCUUUUGUUCUACACAGUGCAUGACUGCCUGUUCUAAACCUGUCCACCAACCACCUCUUCCCAAGAGAACCUGCGCAAACUGCUUAAAAGACAUUCUAAAUCCAAAGGAUAUGAUUACAACCCAAUUUGAAAGCUCUUCUAGCAAAGAUUUCUGUAGCCAAUCAUGCCUUUCUUCUUAUGAGAUGAAGAAAAAACCUGUUGUUACCAUAUAUACCAAUAAUAUUUUGGCUAAGUGCAGUAUGUGUCAGAAGAAUGCUGAUAUUCGAUUUGAAGUUAAAUAUCAAAAUGUUCUGCACGGUCUUUGUAGUGAUGCCUGCUUUUCAAAAUUUCACUCUACUAACAACCUUACCAUGAACUGUUGUGAGAACUGUGGGACCUAUUGUUAUAGUAGCUCUGGUCCUUCCCAGUUUCAGAAAGUUUUUAGUUCAACCAGUGUCACAGCGUAUAAACAGAAUUCAGCCCAACAUCCUCCAUAUGCCUUGGGAAAAUCAUUGAGACCCUCAGCUGAAAUGAUUGAAACUACGAAUGAUUCAGGAAAAACAGAGCUUUUCUGUUCUGUUAACUGUUUAUCUGCUUACAGAAUUAAAUUAGUUACUUCUUCAGGUGUCCAGGUUUCAUGUCAUAGUUGUAAAACCUCUGCCAUUCCUCAGUACCACCUGGCCAUGUCCAAUGGCACUAUCUACAGCUUCUGCAGCUCCAGUUGUGUAGUGGCUUUCCAGAAUGUAUUUAACAAGCCAAAAGAAAUAAACUCCUCAGCAGUGCCCCUGUCUCAGGGUCAACUGGUUGUAAGCCUGCCAUCUGGGUCAGCAGUUCCAGCAGGAGGAGGUAACACGUCUGCCAUUUUCCCCAGCUCCAUCCACGGCUUUGCUGCAACCAGCCUUCAGUCUCUUACUGCCCAACGCCAGCAAGUAACUUUAACCCAUACAGUUGUUAAACUCGAGUGUCAGCAUUGUAACCAUCUAUUUGCCACAAAACCAGAACUUCUUUUUUACAAGGGUAAAAUGUUUCUGUUUUGUGGCAAGAAUUGUUCUGAUGACUACAAAAGAAAAAAUAAAGUUAUGGCAAUGUGUGAAUAUUGUAAACUGCAGAAAGUUAUAAAGGAGACUGUACGUUUCUCAGGGGUUGAUAAAACAUUCUGUAGUGAAGUGUGCAAAUUCCUUUCUGCUCGUGACUUUGGAGAACGAUGGGGAAACUACUGUAAGACAUGCAGUUACUGCUCACAGACAUCCCCAAAUUUGGUAGAAAAUCGACUGGAGGGCAAGUUAGAAAAGUUCUGUUGUGAGGAGUGCAUGUCUAAAUAUACAGUUCUGUUUUAUCAGAUGGCCAAGUGUGAUGGUUGUAAACGGCAGGGUAAACUAAAUGAAUCCAUAAAGUGGCGAGGAAACAUCAAACAUUUCUGUGAUCUAUCUUGUGUCUUGAAGUUUUGUCAUCAGCAAAUUACAAAUGAUCCACUUUCACAAAAGAAAGUAAAUAUAUCUAGGGCAAAAACUACUUCAGUGGAACGCUCUUCUGCAAAGACAGCUACUACCCCAGUUAUAAGCAAUGUGGUGUCACUGGCAAAAAUAUCUCCUGUCCAGCCUACAGGAAAUUCUAACAGUGUUUUAAAAGGUACAAUUACUAAAGAGGCAGCAAAGAUCAUUGAAGAUGGAAGUGCACAGCCAGAUGGCAUGAGACUUCUAUCUUCCCAGUGUUCCAGACUUUUAAAAAACAAAGCAUUAUUGUGCAAGCCUGUCACUCAGACCAAGGCUAUCUCUUGCAAACCACAUACACAGCAUAAGGAAUGCCAAACAGAUUUGCCCAUGCCGAAUGAGAAAAGUGAUUCAGAACUUGAUUCUCCACCUGAAAAGAAACAAAGAAUAGGUUUUUUCCAGAUGUCUGAUGCAGAAUAUUUAAAAGUUGGUUGUAUUAUCUGUCCUGGAUCAAAAGAAAAUUCACCAAUGCUACAAUGUGUCAUUUGUGGAGAAAUCUUACCCAGUGAAAACAUGAAGCCAGCAAAUCUUUCUCAUCAUUUGAAGACAAAACAUUCAGAAUUAGAAAACAAACCUGUGUCUUUUUUUGAACAAAAAUCUCUUGAAAUGGAAUGCCAAAAUAGUUCUUUUAAGACGUGCUUCCUAGUUGAUAAAUCACUUGUGAAAGCUUCUUAUUUAGUUGCCUUUCAAAUUGCUGCCAAUAAGAAGUCACUUUCUAUUGCUGAAGAAUCAAUUAAACCAUAUUUAGUAGACAUGUAUUCAGAAGUUUGGGGUUCAGAUGCUGGAGACAAAAUGAAAAACAUUCCUCUUUCUAAUAAUAUGAUUGGACUCAGAAUCGAUGAACUGUCUGCAGAUAUUGAAGAUCAGCUGAUUCAAAAAGUCAGAGAGUCAAAAUGGUUUGCCCUUCAGAUAGAUGAAUCAUCUGAAAUCUCAAAUAUCAGUCUUCUUUUGUGCUAUGUCCGUUACAUUGAUUAUGAUAGCAGUGAUAUAAAAGAAGAAUUAUUAUGUUGCAUUGAAAUGCCUUCUCAAAUAACUGAUUUUGAAAUAUUUGUUUUAAUAAAUAAAUAUAUUGCUAGUAAGUCUCUGAAUUGGAAACAUUGUGUUGGUCUCUGUACAGAUGGAGCUACAAGCAUGAUUGGCAGGUGUUCUGAUUUAAGGGCAAAGAUUCAGGAAGUUGCCAUGAAUACAGUGGCAUUUACACAUUGUUUAAUUCAUCGCGAACAUUUAGUAGCAGAGAAGUUGGCUCCCUCCUUACAUCAAAUUCUUUUGCAGUCAGCAGAAAUUCUAAGCUUUGUAAAAAGAAAUGCAUUGAAUUCACGUAUGUUCAAAAUUUUGUGUGAAGAAACAGGAUCUGAGUGUGUAAAUUUACCACUAAAUGCAGAAGUACGUUGGAUGUCAAAAGGGAGAAUUUUAACAAGAUUAUUUGAAUUACGGCAUGAAAUUGAAAUUUUUUUAAAUCAAAAGCAUUCGGAUUUGGCCAAGUAUUUUCGUGAUGAGGAAUGGGUUGCAAAGCUGGCUUAUUUGUCAGAUAUUUUCUCACUUAUAAAUGAAUUAAAUUUAAGUCUCCAAGGAACUAUGACUACUCUCUUCAAUUUGUAUAAUAAAAUGGAUGUAUUUAAGGAAAAGCUGAAAAUGUGGUUGAAGCGCAUACAAGAGGAUAAUUAUGACAUGUUCCCCUCAUUUUCUGAAUUCUCAAAUUCUUCAGCCUUACAUAAGAAAAGUAUUGCGUGCAUUAUUGCUGAGCAUCUGGAAGGACUUUCUCACAUGUUCAAUGACUGUUACCCACCAGAAGAAGACUUGCUUUCAGGAAAUUUGUGGAUAACUAAUCCUUUCAUGAAUCACCAAAAUAAUAAUCUUACGGACUCUGAAGAAGAAAAACUAACACAGUUAUCUUCAGAUUUAAGAUUACAAUCAGUAUUUAAAUCAAUGUCUAUAACUCAGUUUUGGAUAAAUACAAGAACAAGUUACCCAGAACUCCAUGAAAAGGCAAUGAAAUUUUUAUUGCCCUUUUCAACUAUUUAUUUAUGUGAUGCUACAUUUUCAGCUUUAACUGAGUCAAAACAAAGAAAUCUGUUGUUUUCUGGCCCUGCCCUAAGACUUGCAGUCACAUCUUUAAUUCCAAGGAUAGAAAAAUUAGUAAAAGAAAGAGAAUAGCAAAGCAUACUAAUUAUUAUCAAAGUCUAUUAAGUUUUGUAUGGGAUAGUUAUCUUAAAAUAUAAUUUCAUAAUGUGGAUGUGAUUUCAGUGAUUAAAUAAGUGUUUUAAUAAUCA